CCUACUCGGUAGUCAGACGUCAGUUGCUGUUUGCCGGGUCACGCGUACGCCUGCGCCGCUCCGUCGUCCGGUCUAACAAUCGCUUUCUGUUUGAAUACAUCGUAUAUCUUACUGAUUUUCUAUCGUUUAUAGUUGAGAUCCGUAAUCGCAUUUUAAGCGAUUUCGUCAUCAUUAAUCCUGCCUUUAUUACACUUUAUUACAUACGACUUUUUUCCACCGGAUGAUAACGUAAUAAUAUUAUUAUCUAAAACUUCCCGCGCUGAGUAUUCUCCCCCAACACACUUUGUCAGUCGAGAUGGGUGACUGCGGCGAUGCCGAGGACGAGUUUGAAGACGCACUGGAGGUGAUUCCGGCGCACUGUAAAAUGGAUUUGAACACUGCUUUAUCGGAUUCGAAAAUUGCUAUACAUUUAUUUUUCAACAACAAAUUCGACGAAGCUCAGCAUAUAUUGGAACCAUGGGUUGGAACGAGCAUGUAUCACACCAUUGGGAGAUCAAUUUUUCUGUUUCUAGAAGCUUUACUCACAUUCGAACAGACGAGCAUUCAAAAAGCGUCCGCGUCACUGAAAUCCAGUAUCCGUCUAUGCAAUUCGUAUCGCAGAAAAACGACUCUGACGCAGUCCAUCGGGAACAUAAUGAAAAAACCUAACUACGACUCAUAUACACCGGACGAGUUGCAUGCCGAACUGUGUUUCGCCGAAGCGCUGUUACUUAAAGCACUGUUGACAUUCAUUGAAGAUGAGACGUUAGUCAGUUUCAUCCGGGCAGGCAUCAAAAUACGAUCUUGCUACAAUUCGUACAAAGAAUGUAACGUCAUACUGAGCUCGCGCUCGUGGUCCGAAAAUGAAAAGUCUUAUAAAGAGCAUUUCGAGAGCGGAGUGCGCCUGGGUAUCGGGGCUUUUAAUCUGAUGAUCUCGUUACUGCCAUCAAAAAUCAUCAAACUACUAGAAUUCAUCGGAUUUUCCGGAAGCAAAGAACAAGGCCUCGGUGAACUUGAAUUGUGUUACCAAGUACCACAUGGACUGCGGCACGUCUUAUGUGUUCUAACCAUGCUUACCUACCAUCUGGUCGUAGUGUAUGUUUUCAGUCAGGAGGAGGGUGACUUGGAGUUUUGCGACGCGGCACUGCGUCAACAGCUAACGCUGUAUCCCAACGGUGCAUGGUUCUUGUACUUUAAAGGACGCCUGGAGUUUAUGCGCGGUGACGUAGACGACGCGAUCAAGUGGUACACAGCUUCGGUGGAGUCCCAAGAUUCGUGGCCUCAAUUCCAUCACAUAUGCUACUGGGAAUUGUGCUGGGCUAAUUGCGUUGCCUUAAACUGGAAACGGGCAGAAAUAUACGCGGCCAAAUUGGCGGAGCAGAGCAAGUGGUCACGCACUACAUACAACUACCAGCGGGCGUGUAUCAUGCUCAUGCGAGGAUACAAUUGUCUGUCCCGCGACGAGCUCAAUACGGUCAACCAGUUAAUGGCUGACGUGCCCAAAUACAAACAGAGGAUUGCUGGGAAAUCGUUGCCAAUGGAAAAAUUUGCCGUGAAGAGAUCUCAAAGGUUUACCAAUCAAAACAACCGGCUGUUCAUGCCCGCCAUUGAAUUGCUGUACUUGUGGAACUUGUUCAACGUGUUCGGCAAACGCAAGUCAUUGUGCGACAAUCUGUACAGGCUCAUUGACAAAAACACAAAGGACCUUGAGAAAAAUCCUGGUCAAUAUGGCAGCGAAUUCGAGUACGAUAACAAGGCACUCGGGUGUCUACUGAAAGGCGUGUGCCUGCGCAUCAUGAACAGCCCUUUGCACGCUGAAGAGUGUUUCAAGUCUGUCGUGUCGAUGGAGAAGAAAAUUAAAGAGGACCGUUUUCUGGUGCCAUACGCGCACGUGGAGUUAGCGUUUUUGUACAAAGCUAAAGGCAACCUGGAAAAGGCGGCGUAUUACCUCGAAAUGGCAAAAAAAAAUUACUCCGGUUAUUCGCUGGAGACGAGACUGCAUUUUCAAAUCCAUUGCGCUUGGUCCACAUUGAACGAGCAUAACACAUCUACCACUGCGGACCACACCGAUCUCACGCCUGUUCGUCGAUUUGACGACAACCAAUGAGAAAACAAUAAUAUUACACCUAUCCAAAACAUAAUAUUAUACAUAUUUUUAUUAUUAUUAUUAUUGUUGUUGUUGUUGUUGAAUAUUGUCAGCGUCGGCGUAACGUUCAUUUUAGUUACUUUGCGUCGUGCAAUUAAUAUUAAAUUAUAACUGAUAUGCAAAAUAAUAUAUAGUCCCUACGCGCCCGUCAUGUUUAGCAUGUGGUUAGUUAUUAUUUUUACAUUAUUAUAUUUCUGAAAAGGCGAUUUCCUCAAAAACAUUAUAAUCGACACAUUCCCGUUUGAAACGCCUGGACCCUCUCCAAUUUUUCCCACGCCCUCAAUCAGUCUCCUCAUCGCAAUGAUAUCAAAUAUUAUAGCUAUUUAAAUUUUUUUGUGGUUUUGGAAAAUUUUCUUCAAAAUGUAUUACUAUAUAUUUACUUAUUUUACUUAAAUUUAAUUUACACUAAACUAUAUACAUAAUAUAACGAUAUUUAUUAAAUAUCUGUCUAUAAAUUACGAUUUAUAAUGUAUACUUAUUGACAGUUAAUGAUAUUCGAAUUCGAAAACAUCGUAUCGAUAAAAUCGAGUUUUUAAUACAUAUAAUUAUUUACUACUGUGAAUCUAAAAGUUAGUUUGAAUGACAAGUGGUGAAGAGGUUAUUCUUAUAUAUAAAUUGGUUUCUUGUGAUUCUAAUAUUCUUAUAUUGUAAUGAAGUAAAUUUCAAGUUGCUUAUUUUUGACUUUUUGAAUUUCAUUUAAUUUUUGCUAUGUAUAAUAUAUUUAAUGAAAAUUUUUAAAACUACUCAAAAUUCACAUUUUUUAAAAAUAUUAAGGAUUCAAUAAUAAUCAUUUUUAUCGUUUUUGAAAGAUGAUGACUGCAGUAAGAAUUGCACUCCGAUUUUAAACAUAUUUUACCGGCAUUAUUUAAAGUUCAUUAAAAAACCAGAGUUAAAUGUAACCUUAAUCCUCUGUAUCUCUAUCAAAUCAAAAAAAAAUUACUAGAACCAACAAGUACAAUUUUAUUUUUGUAAUGAAAUAAUAUUAUUAUUACUAUACAAAUGUUUCCAAUACCAAAUGUGUCCAGGGAUUACAAUCCAAAGCCCAUCUAAUCGCCUCAAAAAUUCAAUUCUUCAUUGAUUUCUAAUGAUACACUUCAUUCAGAUUUAAAAAUACCUGCUGUCAAAAAAAAAUUAUUCUAAGCACUCCAUCACAUAACUCUAACUUUCACCAGUUUAUUGUAUCAGAAGAUUGAACAACCGAAGAAGGGGGUGUGGAUGAAAGUUUACAACACCCAAAAUUAUUUAAAUGAAAACCAAAUCAUGAAUAGGUUUGGUGUACUUUGUAAAAGAAAACAUUCCUAUAGUGAUAUUGAUAACAUACUCGUAUUAUUUGAGAUAAUAUUAUUGUGUUUUAGGUUUAGAGAUUAGAGGUUGGUAGGAUGAGAAAAGACCACCGAUUACGAAAAUUAUUUUUCUCAUUUUACUUUUACUAUUGUUGUUAUUGUUGUUUGAUACUAUUUAGGAAAAUUGAUACAUUAUGUUCAGGUAUUGUUUUUUUUAUUAUAAUCAUUCUUUAUUGUUAUUUUUUUGUGACAAUAAGUAUUAAGUAGCUAUAUUAUCGGUUUUAUUGUAUCAUGUAUAUUUUAAUUUUUAUAUAUUAUAAUUUACUUUUCACGACUGUUUGAAAUUAAAUAUUAUAGUACU